GCAAGCGCGUGCGGCUGGGCUGCGGCCACUGCGCGCCUCGAGCGCUCCCAACCGCCGCCGCCUCAGUCCAUUCUCGGAGCCCAAGAAGCCACACCAUGCUCCGCCUAAUGCUGCUACUUGCUGGGCUCGGCGACUUGCUGGCAUUGGGAGCCGGUUCACAAAGUUCUUUUCUACAAAUUGUAGUUCCAGAAAAAAUCCAAGCAAAUACAAGUGGUAAUUCAGAAGUAGAAAAUGAACAGAUAUCCUAUAUUAUUACAACAGAUGAGAAGCCGUACACUAUACACCUUAAGCAAAGGUUUUUUUUAGCACAUAAUUUUAUGGUUUAUUUAUAUAAUCAAGGGUCUGUGAAUUCUCAUCCUUCAGAUAUUCAGGCUCAGUGCUACUACCAGGGACAUAUUGAAGGCUAUCCGAAUUCUGUUGUCACGCUCAGCACAUGCUCUGGAUUAAGAGGAAUACUGCAAUUUGAAAAUGUUUCUUAUGGAAUCGAGCCUUUGGAAUCUGCAGUUGAAUAUCAACAUCUUCUUUAUAAAUUAAGGAAUGAAAACACUGAAGAUAAGCAAGGCAUAGAAGAACAAAACAAAGUGGACUAUAACAUUUUUGUAAGUGAAAAGCCAGAAUCAGCUGUUCCAGAUUUAAUUCCUCUUUAUUUAGAAAUACAUAUUGUGGUGGAUAAAGCUUUGUAUGAUUACCUGGGCUCUGAUAGCAUGAUAGUAACAAAUAAAGUCAUUGAAAUUGUUGGCCUGGUAAAUUCAAUGUUUGCCCAAUUUAAAGUUACUGUUGUGCUGUCAUCGUUGGAGUUGUGGUCAGAUAAAAAUAAGAUUUCUACAGUUGGUGAGGCAGAUGAAGUACUGCAUAGAUUUUUAGAAUGGAAAAAGUUCUAUCUUACUGUAAGGCCUCAUGAUACUGCAUAUCUAUUCAUGUAUAGAGAUUAUCAAGAUUAUAUGGGAGCCACAAUUCCUGGAAAGAUGUGUGUUACUCAUUAUUCUGCUGGAAUUGCUUUGUACCCCAAGGAGAUAACUUUGGAGGCAUUUUCCAUUAUUGUCACGCAGUUGCUUGGGCUCAGCCUGGGAAUAUCAUAUGAUGACACAAAGAAAUGUCACUGUUCAGGAGCCAUCUGUAUAAUGAAUCCAGAAGCUAUGCGAUCAAGUGGUGUGAAGACUUUUAGCAGUUGCAGUUUGAGUGACUUUGAAAAUUUCAUUUCAAAUAUGGGUGCCAAAUGUCUUCAGAAUAAGCCGCAAAUGCAGACAGCUCCAACAUCAAUCUGUGGCAAUGGCAGAGUGGAGGAAGGUGAAGUGUGUGACUGUGGUACUGAGGAACAAUGUGGAGCUGUUAGCUGUUGUAAUUUUCGAACUUGUACGCUGAAGCCAGGAUCACAAUGUGAUGCAGGACUAUGCUGCACUGACUGUCAGAUUGAAAGAUCAGGUGUUCAAUGUAGGGGAGCAAGACAUCAUGAAUGUGAUAUUGCUGAGUUUUGUAAUGGAAGCUCAUCAGAAUGUCCAGUUGAUGUGACUAUACACAAUGGACGUACAUGUAAAAACCAAUAUAUGUGUUAUGAUGGAGGCUGCCAAGAUACAGAUGCACGUUGUGAGAUUAUAUUUGGAAAAGGUUCAAAAAAUGCACCAUUUGCCUGCUAUGAAGAAAUACAUUCUCAAACUGAUAGGUUUGGGAACUGCGGUCUAAAAAGAGGCCAGUAUAUAUUCUGUUCAUGGAGGGAUCUUCAAUGUGGAAGAUUAAUUUGUACUUAUCCUACUCGAGUUCCUUUUUACAAAGAAAAUAGUGCUGUGAUUUAUGCCUUUGUACGAAAUAGUUUAUGUAUAACUAUAGACUACAAAUUACCUCACUCAAAACGAGAUCCAAUGGAGGUCCCCAGUGGCAGUUUUUGUGAUGAAGACAGGAUAUGUGUAAAUCGUGAAUGUCUAGAAGCAAGGAUGCUUAGAGCUCAAUUAAGGUUUUGUUCAGAGGGGUGCGGAGAACACGGAGUAUGCACUUCCCAAGGAACGUGCCAUUGUUUUGAUGGCUACCAGCCUCCAUAUUGUCAAAGGCGUGGCAGAGAAGCUUCUAGUUUGUCUGGGAAACAGGGUUUAACCAUGGAAAGUGCUUUUAGAAAGGCUGAAAAGAACCGGUGGCUUCUAGGUUUCUACAUUGCUUUACCUGUUCUCAUCAUAGUAACCAUAAUAGCUGUUUCAUGGAAUAGUUCGAAAAAGUGGUUCAACAAGGAAGAGGAAUCCCUAAGUAGCGACUCAGAAGGCAGCACUCACACAUUUGCUAGCAGCAUUAACUUGGAAGCAUUACUUACCUUCUCAUUUAGAUCCAGAUCAGAAAGCAGCAGCCAAACAGAUACAGUCAGAUCCAGGUCAGAAAGUAGUGCUCAAACAUAUACCAGCAGAUCUAAAUCACAGGAAAGCACCCAAACACAUAAUAGUAGUAAUUAGUAAUUCCUUCAGAAGACAAUGGAUAUUACGAAGUGUUUCAUUGAGAAAUGAAAAUUCCACCUUUCCUCCCCAUGGUCACAGUUGAAGGAAACAAUAAACUGGAGUGUGGAACUAUU